AUGACGGACACUGAGAAGAGUGAGGCACACUUUCCUGCGGUCCCAGAGCAGGCUAUCUAUCCUCAAUCUGGUUCCGAGGAUACCAAUGGCUCCAGUUCAUCGGACUUGGAGAAAGUGGUGAAGACACAGGUCUCCAAGAAGCCUUCGCACAACAGGCAUCUCUCUAUCACUCUUGAUGACUUAGAGGCUCAAACAAAAUCCGAGCUCCCGCUGAAGCGUUUCGCGUAUUUGAGAUAUGCCGUCUUUACAAUGUACCGACGACUAUUCACAGUGGUGUUCCUGGCAAACUUGGCGUGUUUCAUCUACGUUAUGGUUGCUGAUCGCCAGAUCUUAGCGCUGGUGAAUGCGACGGCCGUGAACUUGGUAGCCUGCGGUUUGGCCCGGCAUCCAAUGGUGGUAAACGGUAUCUACAGGGUGGUCUGCUCACUUCCCAGGUCAGCACCACUAUUCCUCCGUCGCAUGGCAGCCAAGGCAGCCCACUACGGUGGUGUCCACAGUGGUUGUGGUACUGCAUCCUUGGUGUGGUAUGCGGGAUUUGUUGGUGUCGUGUCGAACAUGUACUGGACGUCGACUCCAAUCAGUCCCUUGACUGACCGUACAUUCUCGACCGCCUCAAUUGCUGUUUCUUACGUGAUCCUUGCACUUCUUAUGGUCAUGAUUGUGGUGGCAUACCCAGUCUUCCGCAGGAAGAUGCAUGACUACUUUGAGCUAACACAUCGAUUCACGUCGUGGCUAAUCCUUGCCCUCUUCAUUGUGUUGGUGAUGCUCUUUGCCAACGAUAUGGGCAAGGCACAAGAGAAAUCCUUUGGGCAUGCUCUUAUCACGCUCCCCGCGUUCUGGCUUUUGAUUGGAGCUGUGGUUGCAAUUGCCCAUCCUUGGCUACUGUUAAGGAAGAUCCCCGUCGAGACAGACCCUCUCUCUCCACACGCUAUUCGGCUGCACUUUAGCCACACGCCUAUUAGCUUUGCCAAGGGUAUCCAGGUGUCCAAACAUCCUCUUCGGGAUUGGCACAGUUUCGCGGGCUUCCCAGACCCAUCAGAAUCUCUCGAAAACAUCAAGAGGAUUCCAACCAACCCCACAAGUUCCGCAAAACCACAUACGGCCUACAAGAAGGGCCACAAACGGAACCAAGACAGUUGGUCAAUUGUCGUAUCAAAAGCCGGAGACUGGACUGCAGACACCAUCAACAGCCCGCCAACCCAUGUCUGGAAACGAGGUGCGCUGAUGCGCGGUGUUGGCUACGGAUUAAGGCUUUUCAACCGGAUUAUCGUCGUGACGACCGGAUCUGGAAUUGGUCCUUGCCUCGGAUUUCUGGGUGACGAACACAGGCCGAUGAUCAAGGUCGUGUGGCAAACUCGUAGCCCAGUCAGAACGUAUGGCCAGGGGGUCAUUGACCUAGUCCACCAGAUGGGACCAGAUCCGAUUAUCUUGGACACAUCUCGAGACGGCCGUAUUGACAUGCUUCCUAUUAUCCAUCAACAGGUUCAGGAGUUUCAGGCGGAGGCAGUGUUUGUGAUCAGCAACCCACCAAUCACCCGGAAGAUUGUCUACGAAUUUGAGUCUCACGGCAUCCCGGCUUAUGGACCAAUUUUCGAUUCAUAA